UUCUUCCAUUCUAGAUACAGACGAGGAGCAAUUCUUGGCGAAGACUUGUGGAAGUUCGUAGCAGGACGGAGAUGGGAAACGUAGGCUGCGUUUUGGGGCUGAGGGAAUACGACAAGAGCCGUCGGGAAACCUCGCCGGCUCCUCAGUGAGCAGCUAAAGGGUGGGCAACGUCGGUCUUCCUCGCCGAGUUGAAGGGCCUGUCCCUAAAGGAGCCAGAGCGAUGUGUCACAGGGAUUUCCAGGCUAAAGUGACAAGAGAAAGCAAAGUGAUUAAAGCAAGCCAUGAAGAUACCAAAAUUAUAUUAUGCUUUCGGGAUUUUUGGAAGCGCUAUUAUUAUUGUAGCUUAUGUGAAAUGGAAUGGCCUCCAACCAAUACUGGAAACAACGGAACGUGCGACUGUUGCUUUGGAAAAACAACUCCAUAGUGAGCAAUCAAGAAUAGGUCAGGAGGUCCUUUAUGGAAUUAUGUUUGAUGCUGGAAGCACUGGAACUCGAAUACACGUAUUCAAAUUUACCCAGAACCCUAAAGAAACUCCUAAAGUAAUUGAUGAAACCUUCAGAGGCUUGAGGCCAGGUCUGUCUGCAUAUGCCGACAACGUUGAUGAGAGUGCUCAAGGAAUAAAUGAGCUGCUUGCAGUUGCUAAAGAAGUUAUUCCGAUGGAAUUAUGGAAGUCCACCCCUUUAGUCCUUAAAGCAACAGCUGGUUUAAGGCUAUUACCAGGGGAAAAAGCGCAACAAUUGCUGGAUAAGGUAAAAGAAAUUUUUCAUGCAUCUCCAUUCCUUGUAAACGAUGACUGUAUCUCCAUAAUGGAAGGAACAGAUGAAGGUAUUUCUGCUUGGGUCACUGUCAACUUUUUAACAGGUCGUUUCACUGAUCCAACAAAGGGAACUGUAGGAAUACUGGAUUUAGGAGGCGGAUCAACACAGAUCACAUUUCAUCUAAGCAGUGAGGCAGCUUCGGGACAGUCAUCUGCCAGUGACAUCAUUUCAUUUAAGAUGUUUAACCAUGUGUAUCAACUGUAUUCUCACAGUUACUUGGGCCUUGGGUUAAGAAUGGCAAGGCUGGCAGUGUUAGGAGCAAUUCAGGGACAAGCCUUGAAGGAAGGUGAAGAAUUGACAAGUCCCUGUUCAUCACCUGAUUUUCAGGGUGAAUGGGAGCAUGCCAAGAUACUGUAUAAAAUUAAAGGGCAGAAGGCAGGAAAGCCUGUCUAUGAAUCCUGUUUGAAUAAAGUAGCAAAAAUACUCAAACGGAAGGUUCACAAGAAACCUGAAGUAAAGGACAUAGAAUUUUAUCCUUUUUCCUAUUAUUAUGACUUGGCUACAAAUUUUGGUUUAAUAGAUAAGGAAGAAGGCGGGACUCUGACUGUCAGUGACUUUGAAACAGCUGCAAAUAAUGCAUGUGGCAACAUGGAAGCACAUCAAGAACAGCAUCCAUUCCUCUGCAUGGAUCUUACCUAUAUCAGUUUGCUCUUGCAAAAACUGGGCUUUCCAAAGAGCCACAAUCUUAAGCUUGUCCGAAAAAUCAACAACAUUGAAAUUGGCUGGGCUCUGGGAGCUACUCUUCGCUACAUGGAUUCACUUAGCAAACUGCAAUAUUGAUUGUUCAGCAGCAAAAAAGCUAAACCUAAAAGACAAAAGUGCAGAGGUGUUGCCAGUUUCUUAGCUUCUACUCCAAAACUGUAUGAGACUUGUGGGACCUCUUUCUUUCAUCGAGAAACUCAUGUGCCUCAAGUUUGGUGAUUUGGAUCAUACUGCUUUUUUUUUUUUUUGAGUAUUGCUCAAAAGAGUGAGCCGUUGUAGCUGGAACCAAAAUCGUGAGCAGCAAAUUAAAAGUCAAACUAGUUGAAUGUGGGCAUUCUGUGACUGAUGGUGAGAAUUUAUAUCUUCCAACUUGUAAUCUGUGAGAGAAACACUUCAGUUUUAGAUGGUGUUCUCUGCUCUUGCUGCCAAAUACUGAACUAGCGUCAGACACUCACUCCAAGAUUUAUUUUAAUUUUGCAUAUUUUUGGGUAUUCAGGGGUUUCAUGCCUGUCUUUGAUUGUAAAAAUUUGCAUGUUUGGUAAGGAGCAGUUGUGUGUUGCGAAGUGCAUUCUUUUGCUUGGUCAAAUUGUUAUGAUAAAUAUUGAGAUUGCCUUCAAAA